UCUAGUAAGGCUUCAACCUUUCGCAAUCAUGAAAUUCUUCGUCGUCGCUCUGGCCCUGAUCGCCGUGGCUGCUGCCCAGGACGAAAGCAUGUACACGAACAAGUUCGACAACAUCAACCUGGAUGAGAUCCUGCAAUCGAAUCGUCUGUUCAAGAACUACUACAACUGCCUGACGGAUGCCGGACCAUGCACCCCCGAGGGCAAUGAACUAAAGCGUGUCCUGCCGGAAGCUCUGGAGACGAACUGUGCCAAGUGCAGUCAGAAGCAGCGUGAAUCUGGGACUCGUGCCAUCAAGUACGCGACCGAAAACCGCCCAGAAGAAUGGAAGGUUCUGCGGGCUCGUUUCGAUCCGGAGAACAAGUACGUCGAGCAAUACCUGGCCGAAGCCGAGAAGGAGGGAAUCAAACUGUAAAUGUUGGUUCGAUUAGUGAAAACUGUGUGCUGGAUGAUGUGUACUGUAAAAGGCAAUGUAUCUGGAUGUUCUCCGUUAUCUUGAUUGAAUGUUGUCGCCAUAGUAGAAUAUUAAAGACAU